GCUGGUGUAUUUUCGUAGCUGUAUUUGAGGGGCUUUUCUCCGGGCUCAUGCGACGAGCUGAGGGACCUCCAUAGCUGUUAUUUUCUGCUGACCCUUAAGCCAAUGCUGGCUCCUAUCCGGCCGGCCCGGGCCAGCGAGUGGCUCCGCUGCGCUUUGGCUCACCACUUCAGCCCGGAGCUCAGCGUGCGCAACGAGGUGGUGGUUCUGGCGCUGGGUGUGGACCAGUACCUGCAGGAGGUUUUCCACCACCUGGCCGUCUGCAGCGGCGGCAGCGCGGCGGACGGUGAGCUGGUGUCCGGAGAGGACUUCAGGCUGCUGUGCGGGUGUCUGAGCCUGGAGGAGGAGCAGGUUUGCUCCGGGCUCCCCGCCGCGCUCACCUUCAGGGACUUCCACUCGCGGCUCUGCGGGGUUUUCGCAGCCCGAGCCGGGACAGCGGGGCUUCGACUCCCCGUUACGGCGGAGACGGAACAUGUGGAGAGGGAGAUCCGCAUGCGGUGGCCCAGGGUGCGGAGGAGGAGAUGCGUGAGCUUCGACCUGAGUCAGGACCGCGCACGGAGCGAACGCAGUGGCGCAAAAAACGGAUCCAGCAAAGAAACAGGGCAGGAUUUGCAGCAGAGGACAUGGCGGGAGCAAGUGGAGAUGGAGAACGCCAGUCUGAGGGAGCUGGUGGAGGACCUUCGUUCGGCUCUCCAGAGCAGUGAUGCCCGCUGCAUGGCCCUUGAGGUGGCUCUACGGAGAGAGCGGCUGGCACCGCCCUGCAGACUCGGGGAGGUCGCUGAGAGACAAAGCUCCGAAAUGGGAGUAAAAAAGCUGAAGAGUGUCGGACGGGAUAGCCGGAGGCGCACCAAGGACCUGCUGCGGGAGCUGGAGCUGAUUCGAGCGUCCCGGGACGGACAGCUGCAGGAGGCGAUGAGGUUCAACCAGAGGCUGGAGGAGGAGCUGGUGGUGGCCUAUGAAGAGGUCAGCAGGCUGGAGGAGGCUUUAGGCAGCUUGAGGAGAGAGAGUGCCGAGAUCAGGAAGAAGGCAGAGGAGGCGAGAGGUGCUCUGGCUGCAGGACUGAAGAGAGUCAGAGAGAUCCAGGAUGUGGCCCAGCAGGUGACUCCACUGCAAGAGAAAGUCCAGAACCUCGAGGCAGAGCUGGAGAGAUUCAGAUCCCAGUGUACCUGUGGGGUUUCAUGUGAGCAGAGACCUGAAGCUUCUGUCGAAUCCGCACCUCGUGUCCUCCCCACGGGCCGAGACGAAACCUUCAUUAGAGGCGCAGAAGAAGGCCUGCAGAGGGCAGUAGAGGGCCGAGCAGCUUCUGAUGAGGAAGAGGAGGAGGAGGAGAGGGGAGAGGAGGAAGGGCAGUGCUGUAUGCUGGAGGUGAAGCGGCUGAUCAACAGGCUUCAUAACUGCUCAAAGGGGUGUCAGAAAACAGCUGUUUGUCACCUGCUCCUGUCUCAGAACUCUACAGGACGCUAUACUGAACCAUGUGGCUGCUCUGGGUCACGAGAGGCAAAGGUGAGGGGCCGAAGGCACCACAUGCUCACGGACGAGAAGGAACUGGAGAAAGACGUGCAGAUGAAGCAGGAGGAGGUGGACAGUUUGAGCUUGGAGGUUCAGAUGGUGAAGACGGUGCAGACAGAGCGAGUGAGUCUGUCCUUACUGGAGGGGAAACACACAGACACUCUCUCAGUGCUGCUGCAGCUACGAGAAAAAAGGGUCACUCGGAGAGCCCUGGGUAAAAUUCUAUUGGACACGUUAGAUCUAUGCAGCAGAAAAGCCCAAGAUCCCACCCCUGUUUUUCAGGUCGUGGACACUCUGUGUGAACAGUUGGUCUCCAGUGAGCUCCUGUAUGGGGAAGAAGAGGUCACAGUGGGGUCACAGCCCAGAGUGACCCCAGGUCACAGAAACACCAGUAAUUCCCUACGCAUCUCCUGCUGAGAGAGACACUUAAGAUCUUUCAUCUACAUUCAGGAUCCAGACUUUUCAAAGAGGCUCCACACAGACCACACAUGGGUUCAUAUUAAAGGACUGUGGAUAAUAAGAAGAGCUGCCAUCUGUUUAGACCGUUUCUUGAUUUGGAGUUUAUGGGCUCUCUUUGAUAAGCACUUCAUAAACAUGGAGAAAGUAUUACAUUCAAGCCAAAGCUCACUUAGGCCUGGCAUCACAGUCAGAGUGGUUGUAGUCUUGGAUUUAAAGCAGUGGUUUAAUGACAACACCAAAAGUAGUCAAUCAGCCAAGAGACAUUCAGUGUCUGAAGUUUGCUAAUGUAGUUUUGAACUGGAGCUACAAAGAGUAGGAACAAAAUUCGGGCUUCAAGAUGUCUAUUACUACAGUUCUUAGCUGUACAACAUGCUUUUCUUAGUCCAUUCCUUAGAUAACAGUAUGAACAGUGUUUAAAGCCACAUAAGCAAAUGUAUUUGAUUACUUAGAGGGGAAUUCUUCUACAUUUCUGCAUAACUCAAUCAUAAAAAAAAAAGCAUAGGCUAGCAUAACUGGUCACCAGCUACACAAGCAUACCGUCGCUCUCACACAAAACCUUCUAUCUUUUUUUUUGUUGUCUUUUACUUUUUUUGCACAACUUGAAAACUCCAGUUUCCCUUUGCAUUGUAUUAAUAUUUUACAAUCAACAGACCAAAAGAAAUGGUCCAAAAUUAUUUGGAAAAAUCUGGUUACAUUAACUUCCAUUAAAAGUUAUUAAGAUUUUUUUUCCUUCUCCUGUUUUUUUGGAGAUAGGAGGGUUUAUUCUGACAGCGACAACAUGUUGUGUUUUGACAUGAUCAUGGUGACCAGCGAAAACCAGCAUAAACCAGCUUAAACCAGUAUGGAACUCAUGCUAGUCUGUGCUGAUUUUUAAGCAGGGAAGCUGUUAGCACACACACACACACACACACACACACACAUUUUCUAAACUGCUUAUCUUUCUGGGGGAGGUGCUGGAGCCUAUCCUAUCGGUCACUGGGCAGAAGGCAGGAAACACCCUGGACAGGUGGAAGAUGUUAGCAAGUUCAAGAAAUUCAGAGUGGUGUGAUGGUGAAAUGGUGCAUUGUAGAGAACCCUGAAUUUCUUUACAAGCGGUGAUAGGAAACA